AUGACGCACUCGCUGGUGAUCGCCGCGCUGUUGCUCGGCGGCCUGAUCUCCCCGUCGCUGGCAACUGUCGACCAGCGCGUCGUUGGGCUGGCUCAGGAGUUCUCGCGGCAAUGCCCGAACCCGCCGAUCACUGACAUCGCGUCGUUCGCCCUCCGAACGGCCGACUCGCUGAUAGCGCAAG